GAAGUCAGCAAGUUAAAGCAACGUUGCAGCAGCGUCACUGGCUUCCGCAGUCCGAAGACACAUCACAUUUGGGAGGAAAACCCGCUAAAAUGGGUUUUGUCAAAGUGGUAAAGAGCAAAGCCUACUUCAAGAGGUAUGAAGUGAAAUUUAGAAGGAGGAGAGAGGGGAAAACUGACUUCUUCGCUCGCAAGCGCCUGGUUGUGCAGGACAAGAACAAGUACAACACGCCCAAGUACCGUAUGAUCGUGAGGUUUUCCAACAGGGACAUUUGCUGCCAGAUCGCCUAUGCAAAAAUUGAAGGAGACCAGAUUGUAAGCGCUGCUUACUCACACGAACUGUCCAAAUAUGGCAUCACCGUGGGCCUCACAAACUACGCUGCGGCCUACUGCACUGGACUGCUGCUGGCACGCAGGCUGCUUCAUAAGUUUGGUAUGGACCAGGUGUAUGAGGGCCAGGUGGAGGUGACGGGAGACGAGUUUAAUGUCGAGAAUAUUGAUGGUCAGCCAGGCGCCUUCACUUGUUACCUGGAUGCAGGUCUGGCUAGAACUACCACAGGGAACAAGGUGUUCGGGGCGUUGAAGGGGGCAGUCGAUGGAGGGCUGGCCAUUCCUCACAGUUUAAAACGCUUCCCCGGUUACGAUGCCGAGAGCAAAGAGUUCAACGCAGAUCUGCAUCGCAGGCACAUCAUGGGCAUGAAUGUGGCCGACUACAUGUCUUACCUGAUGGAGGAGGACGAGGAUGCCUAUAAGAAACAGUUCUCUCGCUUCAUCAAAAAUGGGGUCGCACCAGACAUGGUAGAAGAAAUGUACAAAAAAGCACACGCCGCCAUCAGAGCGAAUCCUGUACACGAACAGAAACCCAAAAAAGACGUCAAAAAGAAGAGGUGGAACCGUGCCAAGUUAUCUUUGGCACAGAGGAAGGACCGCGUCGCCCAGAAAAAGGCCAGCUUCUUACGAGCACAAGAACAAGAAGCAGGGGACGGUUAGGGGCUCGUCAGAGUUCCCUGCUGCAAAAACACACACUUCACAGACAAAUAAAUUUAUUUCAAACUCA